GGCAAUUUUCAUUUUUGUUUGUUAUUAUAAUGGUGAUAUCAGGUGCCUAUAUUCGUUUCUUGCUUCUUUUCACAACUUUUGUCAGCCUGAUUAGCAGUCAUAAUCUGCCUGAAAAUCACGUUGCUCUGUUCAUCUUUGGUGAUUCGUUGUUCGAUCCCGGAAACAACAAUUACAUUAACACCACCACUGAUUUUCAGGCAAACUUCAUUCCUUACGGUGAGACCUUCUUCGAAUACCCCACCGGCAGAUUCUCCGAUGGCCGUCUGAUCCCAGAUUUCAUUGCUCAGUUUGCAGGGUUGCCAAUAAUUCCAGCGUAUUUAAAGCCCGGGAAGCAUAAGUUUACAGAUGGGGUGAACUUCGCAUCUGGUGGAGCCGGUGCUCUUGUCGAAUCUCAUCGAGGAUUUGUCGUGGACUUAGAAACUCAGAUAAAAUACUUCAAGAAAGUUGAGAAAUCAUUGAGACAAGAGCUGGGAGAUGCAGAGGCCAAGAAAUUGUUGUCCACAGCUGUUUACUUGAUAAGCGUUGGGGGCAAUGAUUACUUGACCAAAAACUCAGCUGCCUCAGACGAAGAGUUCGCUUCCAUGGUGCUCGGCAACCUCACCGUCGCUCUCCAAGAAAUAUACAAGAAAGGAGGGAGGAAAUUUGGGUUCCCAAAUCUGAUACAGUUGGGUUGUUUACCGUACAUGAAAGCACAAUCAGGGGGUUCCUGCAACCAUGAAGCGACGGCAAUAGCAGAGCUUCACAAUGUCCUACUUCCCAAAACCCUGGAUAAGUUAAAGGAGGAGCUUCGAGGCUUCAAAUAUGCUCUUUACAAUAUAUAUCAAUCUUUUUCUGAAAGGUUGAACGACCCUUCAAAAUAUGGUUUCAAGAAUGCGACGACGGCGUGUUGUGGGUCUGGUUUGUACGGCGGAGUUUAUAGCUGUGGAGGGAAGAGAGGGGUAUCGGAGUAUGAUUUGUGUGAUGAUCCGGCUGAUUUCUUCUUCUUCGAUUCGUAUCAUCCCUCCGAGAAGGCUUACCGGCAGUUUGCAGACUUAAUGUGGGCUGGAGCUACAGAUAUCGUACGGCCUUACAAUUUCAAAACGCUAUUUGAACACAAAGCAUCAUCGAUUCAUCAUUCCAAUGUCGAGCUUUAAUUUCUCCGAUAAAUUUCAUGUUCCAAUGGAAUAAAUCAAUUACUAUAUUAAUGUUGUUUUAUGUUUA